ACGAUGUGAUAAAUGGCGCUAUUUUACAAAUUCAAAUUUCACAACUUUUUCUCUUCAAAUCAACAAAACUUUCUUCAAGAAAACAAUGGAGUCUGUGAAACUUUUAAUUUUGAAAGGUCCAAGAGAAGGCGAAACAGUCGAAUUCCCCCCGGAAUCGACGAUCAAAAUCGGGCGGAUCAUAAGAGGCAACAAUCUCACCAUUAAAGAACUCGCCAUCUCCUCCAAGCACCUAAUCAUCAAAUUCUCCUCAUUGGCCGGUAAAUGGCUAGUCGAAGAUCUCAAGUCUUCCAACGGAACAACCAUCAACUCAACGCCUGUUCCUCCUUUCACUCCCGUCCCUAUCCACCACGGCGACGUUUUGAAGCUCGGCGAAGAAACUUCUAUUCUCGUUCACUUUUUUCCUCAGGUAGAGGAGACCGACGAGGAGAAGCCGUCUCAGUUGAGACGCAAUCCGAGACGAAAAGGUCAGGAGAUAUCAGUGGUGAAAAAUGACGGCAAUGCGGCGGUGAUGAUUCAACCAAAACCUAGGAGACCAGGGAGGCCGCCGAAAGCACCGCAACCGCCACUAGCAGCAGCAGCUAGGGUUUCGGAUGAGGAUAAAGGAUUGGAGAAAUUGGAGAGUGAUAAAGUGAAUGUUAGGGUUAGGGUUACACGAGGGAGAAGAGCUGAAGUUGAGAAGAGAGGAUCGGAAAAUGUUAAGAAAGUUAGGGUUACUAGGAAUAAAAAGAAUGAGGAUUCUGAUCAUGAAUUAGAAAAUGUAAGUGGUGCUGCCGGAGCGGAAUUGGGUUCGGUUAAAGCAAAUUCUAGGGUUACAAGAAGUAGAAAGAAGGAGAAUGGUUCUGUUAUAGAUUUGGAGAAUAAUCUGGAUGGUAAGAGGACGCAUGAGUCGCAUUUGCAGGAACCGCCACUGAAGAAGAAUGUCGGUUUAGGGUUGGAUUUAGGAGAUGAGGCGAAAGAAAAGGUUGAUGAAAAAGAUGUUAGUGUAGAAAAUGUAGAGGAUAAAGAUGAUUCGGAUGUAGGAUUGGAUUCGAUAGAGGAGGCUAAAGAAAAGGUUAAUGAAAAAGAUGUUAGUACAGAAAAUGUAGAGGGUGAAGAUGAUUCAGAUGUAGGAUUGGAUUCGAGAGAAGAAGCUAAAGAAAAGGUUAAUGAAAAAGAUGUUACUAUAGAAAAUGUAGAGGAUGAAGAUGAUUCGGAUGUAGGAUUGGAUUCGAGUGAAGAGGCUGAUGAUGGGGUUAAUGAAGUUGAUAUCAGCAAAAAUGAGGAGAUAAAAUCCCAAUGUCGGGGCGGUGCUAAAGAGACUGAUGGUAAGAGACAAGUUAAUAAGAAAUGGAAGGAAAUAGAUUUGGAGACCAUGACUUUAGGGGAGUGGUUUGAGUAUAUGGAGGAGUAUCUGCCUUGGCAGUUAUAUCAGGUUACUGAGGAGAUGAUUUCAGACAUGAAAAUGAGAGCAGAGCGAGUUAAGGAUUAUAUAAUUGAGCAGAAGAAGGCCAAGGCGGCGGCUGCUGCUGCUGCUAUGGGAGAAAAGCAGCAGUGACUGGAGUCCUUAAGAUAAAGGGUUAAACAUCUAGCCGUUUUGCUAAGGUAUAAGAUGAGAAAUGAGGAGGUUGUAAAUAAUGGUAAGAAAUAUGUAGGAUGACAUAAUUGAGAAGUAGUUUGUGGAACGGAAAGGCUCUGCUACAGUCAGAUUCUGCAGUAAACUGUAGCAGAGACAGGUCGUUAGCCUAUCUGGACCAGCAUUUUUUCUUGCCCAUGAGAUCUAUUCUUGAACGUUCCAGCAAGCCACCCCUUGAAACAAGGCUCCUCCUUGCCAAGACGUUGGUUAUUUGUUCAGUUCUAUAUCUUUAAACAAGGCAUAGUAUUGCUUGAUAAAUAUGAACAAAUUUUAUUUUGAGCAA